AUGGCAGCUGGUGUUCUUGAUUUGUUUUAUACUACCAUCCUUUUGUUCACAAUAUCAAAUGCUUUUCCGGUGAAUGAAAGAGGCAACAAGUGGAUUAGCACCAUUGGUGAGGUUGUUGAGUGUAGUACCCAUGUGGGUAGAGAAGAAAAGGCAGCCAUUGAUAUUUCUAUGCAAGACUUCUGCUGCUUUACUGGUCAUAAGCAUGGCAACUCCAGUCGAGCCACUUUUGAAGGGCUUUCAUGUGUAUUGUUAGAUGCAGCAUUUUAUCUCCUAGAGAACCAAAAGUGUGCGUUGACAUGGCAACGAGCUGCAUUAGUUGCUGAAAGAAAUGAUGUCACCAAUGAAGCAGCAAUCAUUUCGGUAACCACUGGAAUACAUCUGAUACUGCCUGAAAAGGAACUGGUUGUAAUUAUGAUGCAUCCAGAUGGAUAUGUGAGAAAUAAUAGUACCUCUGUCAUCGUUAUGACCAAGUGUUCUGAGGUGAUUGCAAUCUGUGAAGACAGAAAUUCCUGUAUGAGUACUUUUGGCAGCAUUGACUUCCAUUCUGCAAUGCUCCAUGAUAGUAGGGAUCAGCUAGAAUCCUCAGAAUUCCCUGCGUUGUCUUCUCUUAUAGAUUCAAAUACCACCAACAAGAAAGUGUUAAUUGCCCUUUCUUUUGAAAUGGCUAAGCAAAUGGGAGCUUGUAUGCAGAUUACUGCUGAUGGGAACACUAGUCCUUUUUGUUGCCCUGAUUCAUCUAUGGUGACAUCCAUGCAAGGUGUGCUUGGGUCUAUGGCGUGUGAGAUAUACAACGUUAAAAUGAGAUGGUUAAAGAAUUUCAUAUUGGCGAGACCAAAUUUCAGACAAUUUCUGGAAGUAAGUCAUGAUCAGAAACACAUGGCUGGGUUCUCAGAGAAUUUAUUUGAAUCUGCUGUGGAGGUUUUACCUUAUAAUUCUAUCGGCAAAAUAACUCCAUUUCUUGGUCCUUACGAUGAUUUGGUUUCGGAGGUGCUUUUCAAGAGUUUGGAUGCAGCUGUUGGUGAUACAGAAAUACAAGCAGAUCAUCGAUAUGCAGAGUUCUCUGAGCCAUAUGAAGGAGGGGUCCUGAUGGUGGUGACGACUAAAAGACAUAAAUCACAUGUAUGGUUAUUCAUGAAACCUUUUAACCAAGGAUUGUGGUUUAUUAUGGCAGCCAUGACUAUUUUCACGGUUUUUGUUGUUUUGUUUGUGGAAUGCCACAAUGAUAAUGGAAGCCGCGAACCGCUUGGAAGACAAAUUGGAAGCAUUCUAUGUGCUGAGAGAAAGCCACCCAAUCACAUUUUUGUAUCGCUUUCUGCUGCGAGCCUCACUUCCAUGACAACCAAAUCAGAAUUUGAACCAUCUGCAACAGAUAUUGGUGUGCUUUUGAGAACGAACUCAGUUGUUGGUUGUAAUGGAAGUUCUUUUAUUGUCCAGUAUUUAGUGGAAGUUUUGGGGUUCAACCCAGUAAAUAUAAGAAGCAUAGGCUCAAUUGAUGACUAUGCAAAAGCCCUAUUAAGUGGAGACAUUAAAUCAGCUUUCUUUUUGGUAUCCCAUGCCAAAGUUUUCCUUGCAAAAUACAAGGGAUUCACAGUUGCAGGACCUGCCUACAAGCUAGGGAGUUUCCGCGCUAGCAUGUCUCGAAGGGGUUCCCCUUUUUCUUUCAACAAGUUGACAGGGGAGUAUGAAGAUAAUAUAAGCAGACGGCAGACUCGAAGGCUUUCUGACCAAUCUGUUUCAGCGUCCAAUGUCAAGAGAAAACGAUUAAAGAUUGCUGUACCAAUGAGAUCGACUACGAAUCACUUUGUGGGAGUAAGCAAUUAUCAGAAUAACAUCACAAGAUUUUCUCUUGAUGUGUUUGAAGCAGCUGCUAAAGCUCUAUCUUAUAAGUUGGUUUAUGAAAUGGUUGCCAUUCAUGGCUCUCAUGAUGAUUUGCUCAAGGAGAUUUCUCUCAAGGGCAGUCCUAGAUUUCAAGAAAUUCAUAUCAAAUUCUUAAAUGUACAUGAAGGAAGUGAUAGUUUUCUGUUUCUUCCAUGUUUUUACAACAAAAAUCAUGGAGACCUAUAUGCGCCUCCUACUUUUGAUGCAGCUACAGGCGAUAUUCUAAUAAGAGCAGAUGCGUAUCAACUUGUCGAAUUCUCGCAGCCCUAUUUUGAAGCAGGACUUAAUAUGGUGGUGACAGUUAAAACAAAUAAAGCAGAGCUAACCAUGAUGAUGACCCCUUUCACUCAAGGGAUGUGGUUAAUUAUGGCAGGCUUGAGUUUUUUCACUGGUUUCGUUGUCUGGUUUAUUGAACGCCAAAACGAUGAUGGGAGCGAUCAUCCUGCUGGCAGAGGAUUUGGAAGUGUUCUAUGGCGUGCCUUUGAUUUGAUUCCAGCUUUUGAUAAUGUCCAUAUUAGUGUUAAUUCAAUUGAAGAAACUGAUGGGGCCGGUGGGGGUUUGGGAGAUGGUGGUUGUGGUGGUGAUUCAAAUGAGAAGCAUGCUAGAGAGUCAACAAGAAACAGUUUGUCUCAUUUAGUACUGGCACCAUGGUUAUUUCUGAUGCUAAUUGUUACCUCAACAUUCACGACGAGCCUUACUUCUCUGAUAACCACCAACUCGCAGGCCGAACCAUCCAAGGUCGAUGUUAAUAUGCUCAAGAGGACAGGCGCAGUUGUUGCUUGUGAUGGAAGUUCCAUUGUCACCCAAUAUUUAGUGAAAGUUCUAAAGUUCAGGCCAGAGAAUGUAAGAAGCAUAUCCUCAGUUGAUGAAUACGCAAAGGCUCUAUCGAGUGGACAUAUUAAAGCUGCUUUCAUCCUGACAACUUACGCCAAAGCAUUUCUUGCAAAACACUGCACUAGCUUCACCAUCGCGGGACCCACCUAUAAGCUAGGCGAUUUUGGCUUUGUGUUUCAGAAGGGUUCUGCUUUGGGUUUAGACAUGUCACAAGCAAUUUUAAGAUUAAGUGAGAAUGGAGAAUUGCAGCUGCUAGAGGAAGAAAUGUUGUCUUAUUCCAACUGCUCAGCUUCAACAUCUGAUCCCAAUGCUAUCCAAAGUUUAGGACCAGGACCCUUUCUAGGUUUGUUCGUCAUCUCAGUUGGUGCUUCUGCAAUUGCAUUGCUAAUAACAGUCAUCCGUCUAUUGAGACAAAGGUGGGACAGAGUGACCGACAUUCAAGCAGCAUUGAUGGGUAGCCAACUUUGGACUUGGGUGCUAAUCCUCUUCACUCAAGAUCAAGCAACAACUGAACUUCAACUGGCAAGGAGAAAUUCCGGUUAA